GGUGCGGUGAACUGGUGGUGAACUGUGGAACUUGGGAGCCGUAAAAAGAAAUUAUAAUUUAUGCAAUUUUGCAUUAUGUGUUGGGUGUUAUACUUUUGUAAUAAAUUAUAAAUAAAAUAAUUCGCUGUGAUGAGAGUUUGGUGGAACAUUCGUCUGUAAAUUGUCAUAUUUCUACAUGUUCAUGGCUUCGACACCAAAACAAGCGAAUGGCAAAUUGCCAUCAAAUAACAACGGUUCCGGUGGAAAGCGAAAAAAGUCGCGCGGUAGCCGAGGGUCCUACUUAUCGAAAUGGCUUGACAGAACAAUGAACCACAUACAAGAGUCGACACCGAGUUCUGAAAUAUAUGAUACAUUUAUGAGUCCUCCGAUAAACUGGCCGGGUGGUUCACAGUUUGCUCCGGGUUUCGACCCUUAUAAAUACAGUAUGUACGGUGGUUCUGAGCCUCUAUCAUUGCCCUCGAUGCCUACGUAUUACAAUCCGAUGGUUCCACCUCCUUAUUCGGAGUAUCGUUUCGUGCAGAAUGAAAAUAAAGGAAUACAAGUGCAAAGGCCGCGGCCUCGACGGCGGAGUGAGAACAAAGCCGAGGAGGUGUCAAGCACGCCCGCAGACACCCCCUCUAUGAGCCAAAAUAAUUACCUGCAGCCAAAGAACUUCACAGACAGUCAAGACUUCACUAGCCUCCCGCCGAUAGUUACGUCGAUGGGCGACACGAACUCUAACAGUGACAUGCAAAAUGAUAAAGAAGACGCAAACUCUGCAAGCAAUGCUCGGAGAUUCAGUGACCCUUGUGUGAGGGGUUUGCCAGAUGUCGCGAGGCCUGCCAAUGGAGAAGUAGAUUCAGGUUCAGAAUCUGGUUCAGGCUUGUCUGGAAGUCAAGUGGGCAGUCGCUUGCUGGCAUGCUUGUUGGAUCAAAUAUCUACACUCAAAAUAACAAAUGAAAGAUUGAAUAAGGACUUACAAGAGACAAGAGCUGAACUUGAAGCGGUUCGACAUCAAACCAGCUAUUUUCCCAAAGGACCAAACAGUAUCGGCGCUGCGGCCAAUCUCAAUGGUAUCGGCGGGCAGUACUCCCCGGGGUUCCUCACGGACUUGGUGCGAGAGAUACGCGACGCGGCGCGCAUGCGGGAGGACGCGAUGUACGCGAGACUGCGAGCCAUGGUGCUGGAGAGAACCGAUAGUGGCUUGGCCUCAGCUGAGUCCAAACUUGCUGAGAGAACGCUUGAAGAAAUCAAGAGCUCUCUGCGUGCUUCGGAAGCGGACAAGCGACGUAUGAUGGAUCGGAUUGUUAAACUGGAGGAUGAACUCCGCGUCUUUAGGAUCACUACUGGGUUCGAACCCAACGAGAGCCGUUUGAAUGGUAACGUGGAGGACGCCGAGUGCGAGAGACUGCGCCUGCGCAAGGAUCUUGCGGAUGCGCGUCGAGCCAAGAUUAACGCGGAAGAGCAUGCCCUUAAACUCGAACGUCUAGUCACGCAGUUGCGUUCCAGAUUCAACGGACAAAUCACCAACGGACCAGACUCGUUACCAAGCGACAACGAACACGAUCAGCGCACGCGACGCACCAGCAACUCCACCAACAAUUCCACAAACAAUUUGACAAACAACUUGCCAAAUAACUUGACAAACACAUCCGCAAACUCGACGGUAGUUUUCGGACCGGUUACGGAUUUGUAGCGAAUGGAAUUAGGGCAUGUUAUAUGCUAUGUCAUAUCUGACUUUUUAAAAUCUGUCCGAUACAGAUUUAGCAAAUCGAACUGAUUCAUUGAUCAAGCAAUAAUUUUGACUUAGCCACUUUAGCUGUAAGAUGAGUUGUAUUAUAACUGUUGUGACAUUACUAAUAUAACAAUUUAAAAUGCGUGGAGUGAUUUUCCGUGUGUUGAAUCUCAAGUGAUUGUUUUUUUUUUUUAUUAUUGUAAUCGCUAAAUAAAUUAUUCUAAUACAAUAAUUAUAAUGUAGUACGAUGUACCCACUAAUAAUUAAGAUUAUCAUAAAAUAAUAUGAAAAUGGCAAAUUAAUUUCAUUUUUAAAAGUUGCAAAAUAACAAUGCCGGAUUACUAAAACUGUUACUAACUAUUUUUUUAAAGAAAACUCUUUCUUCGACUAUAUAAAACUAUUUUUUACUAUAUUUUAUUUCGCGUAUUUACUCUCAAACGGCACUGUAUACUUAUGUAUAUGUGAUUAUUUAAAUCAACGAUUUUUUUUAAUUACUUACUGUGAUCAUGAACAGAGCAUUUCUUAAAGAUUAUCUUAAUUAUUUUAAGAAAUAAGUGAUGCUUUCCUCAAAAAUAUUUAAGUUGUUUCUUAUUAUUAUUUACCAUCCUUUUCUAAGAAGCGGUUCAAAGAGUCAUUUUUGAGCUUUCGCGAAAAAAGUAGAAAUUUUCAAAAACUGAAGUAUGCUACUCGUAGUUUAGACGUGUCUUGGUAAGGUAGUUUUUAUGUAACUUUUUUCUAAAAUCCGAAAAAUGAACUGCUUCUAAAUUUCCGCGUUUAAAAAAAAACUACUUUUUCGGGUUACCCGCUUUUUAGAAAAAGAAAGGCAAUAUACAAUUACACUGUAUUACUGUACUUACAUUAUAUCGUAAAGUACAGGAUUUCUUACUAAUAAUUACCGACGCUCAAUUCACAUCUUGAUUAUAAUAUAAUAGCUGUUCAUAUUUGAUAUGAAAUCUUUACGAAUUUAAACGAUAACCAUCGUCCUCUGCUGGAUAUAGAUUUCAGGGGAUUUCCACGAUUCACGGUCUCAUCCGGUGUGCCACUUAUGUUCAGCGAUACCCUGUAACACUUGAUGUCGUCAGUUCAGCGAUUAAGGGAUCCAUCCACCAAAUAAAUCAAACACACCUAAAUCGCCAAUAUUUUGUGGCACUCUCGGAGAAAUAUUUUGAUAGUUGAUUGUUUAAACACAUUAUUCUCAGUAUCAUGAAAUAAGUAGGUACCUGUACUUAUAAAAUUGCUAAAUAUAGUUUUUCUUACAAAUCGUUUGCAUGAUUUGCUCUCCAGUAUUUGCCAACACACUUUUACGCAUGAUGAUUUCUUGACAAAAAGACUCUGCUGUUAAGGCUACACACACAACACGCGUGUAUAAUUUGUAAUACAUACUACAGUAUGUAAAGUAUAGUACAUAUGUAAAGUAGGUACCUACUUUACAACAUAUCAGAUUGCAGCGCGCGGCUGCGACGGUUUUUCUUUAAGUAUCCCAGUGUCAAUGCUACCAUGCAGUUCCUUGUAUAACGACUUCUAGGGGCUGCGUUGUAUGUGCGCGACGGGUCGAGAUGGCAAUCGAGGUAUGAGGCAGGGGAAGCCCCGUAGACCCCCCGUACCGGGUUAACGCGGGGGAUGUGUAGGUGUGCGGGGCGUCCCCACCUCAAUACCAUCUCGACCUGUCGCACACUAUACAUGUUUCGUCGCGCGUUGAGUGUGUUUGAGGCUUAAUGUCAUAUUAGUACUUGUAAUUUUCAACUAAUUCGUUUUUGACACCUACAUUGUGAUUCUAUGUUAAGGUUAUUGAAUAUGGAUACCUCAAUAACGUAGCGUGCUAACAUGUUCGUUGAAGAGAAGUUCGGGCUUCGUU